CGCACCACUCACAAUCAGAUGGGUGUGCAGUGAGGCAGCCAGGGUAGCUGAGACCUCAGUCCUGCCCUGGGAGCACAGGCAGACAUGGCCCUGCAAUGGAUGUUUCUCCUGCUCCUCACACCUCUGCUGGCAGCACAAAAUCGUGGAAAAUGUAAAAUUCCCUCCGACUGGGACCCCAAACUGCGGUUUACUCCAGAGAGGAGUGACUUUGCCUUGAACGAAGUGGUGCAGCUCAGCUGUGAAGGGAAGAUUCCUGGGAAGUUUGCACCAUCUGUCCCGCAGAUUCAAUGCAUUUCCAGAGGGGGCCGGAUCCUGUGGAAUGAGAUUCCCACUUGCAAGGGUGAAUGCCAGAAGCCCCAGUGGGGCUCACAGCUCCAGUUUAGCCCAAACCAGACAUUUUACUGGGUCGGUGAAGAGGUGACACUGAGCUGCUUUGUGAACAACUCUCCUCCCCUCGCUACGGUCAGAUGUGCAAAGAAUGCUUAGGUGUUGGACAUGUCAGGAACAUGGCACAGGUUGGCACAGAGCCUGAGCUGCACCAAGGCUAAAUGCCGAAAACCUCAGUGGGAUGCAAGACUUCAGUUUUUGGAGAACAAACCUGAAUACCCACAGAAUAGAGAAGUGACACUGACCUGUCCUGAAGGCCUUGAGCCCUCCUUCUCCGAGGUCAAAUGCACAAAAGAAAUUCAGAGAGUGACUCCUGGAAAGCCAGUCUAUGUGGAUGCCUGGUGGGGCAGGAGCAGCACAGGUGCCUGGACACGCAUUGAGGGGCAUGUCCUGUGUAUGGAAAUGUGCCAAAGGCCCCAGUGGGACUCCAGACUCCAGCUGGCACCAGAUCAGGAGAACUAUAAGAAGGAAGAGAAAGUGAUGCUGAGCUGCCCUGAAGGUUUCCAGCCACCCUUCACUGAGAUCCAAUGUCUGACUCAAAUCCAGUAUGAUGAUGCAUAUGGCACACAUGUGUACGAAGAAUUUUGGUCUGGAAGAGACUCCAGAGGUGCCUGGGUCCGCAUUCAGUCCAAUGUGGAGUGCAUUGGGCAAGAGCCGUCAUCUCUGCUGGACAGCAAGCCAGUGGUUAUGGCAGUAGCACUGACUGUUGCAUUCCUGGCACUGGGGAUUUUGCUGCUUUUUGUGGUCUUCAGGCUAAAGCGCAACAGUUCAAAAGGCUCAGAGAACAGCAGCACUAUACCCCUGAGAGGAUGUCAAAAAGAUGUAGGCAAGCCAAACACAGAGAUCCUGGUGGAGGAAUUGCUGGAGGCUCUGAAGAUGUUUAAGAGGGAAGAAAUAGAGGCAGAGCAGACAGAUGAUGAAUCAGUCAACAGGCAUAGUGCUGGACUUCUUAGAGAAUAUCAGCAAUUGUCCUCCACUUUGUUGCACCCUUGCAAUGCUGGCAAGGAGCUCUGUAAUCAAAACAAGAACCGCUACAAGAGCAUCAUCCCAUAUGAUCACUGCCGUGUGGUGCUGGAGCCCUCUGACACCGGGAAUGGCUACAUCAAUGCCAGCUAUGUGGAUACCUACCGAAGUCCACGCUUCUUCAUUGCAGCUCAAGGCCCCUUGGCUGGGACAGUGGUGGAUUUCUGGCACAUGGUCUGGCAGGAGAAGACCUCAGUCAUUGUGAUGCUUACGGGCUUAGUGGAGCAGAACAAGAUCAAGUGUGAGCAGUAUUGGCCAGAGCAGGAGCAGGUCUACGGUGACUUCACCGUGACACUCAACAACACCUGGACCACCACAGGCCUUGUCAAACGCAUCUUCUGCCUGCAGAAGGCGGGCUGUGCUCUCCCAAGAGCAGUGGAGCAGUUUCACUACCUGCUGUGGCCGGACCACGGGGUGCCCAGAAACCCGUCGCAGCUGCUGUGCUUGGUGGAGGUGGUGAACAAGAGGGCGCUGGAAGCACCCGCUGGACCCGUGCUGGUGCACUGCAGCGCAGGCAUCGGGCGCACGGGUACCUUCAUCGCCCUGGACUUCCUCCUGAAGAUGGGGAAGGCUGAGGGCAAGGUGGAUGUCUUUCACUGCGUGCAGCAGCUGCGGGAGCAGCGGGUCAGCAUGGUACAGACCAAGGAGCAGUACAGCUUCCUGUACGAGGCGCUCCUCGAAGGCUUGCUCUGCGGCAGCACCGGGGUCCCCGUGGAGAGCAUGGCCAGCCUGGUCCGCUCCCUUCGAGAAGAGGAGGCCUCAGGCCACAACAGUGUCCUGGAGAAGGAGUUCAAGGCCCUGCAGAGAUUUUCGGAGUUGUUCCAGCUCCUGCCAUGCAGAGAAGCGGAGAAACCCAGAAACCAAGCCAAGAACCGCAAGCCAGGGAUCUUGCCAGCGGAUUCCUGCCGGCCCAUCCUGAUGUCCUCGGUGAACGCAGACGGCUCGCCAGCUUACAUCAACGCCGUGUUUGCCAGCACGUACACCGAGGAGGAGAGAAUCAUCAUCACGCAGCUGCCUUUCCCCACCACGCUGGUGGAUUUCUGGGCUCUGGUCUGGGAUUACACUUGCACAUCGGUAGUUGUGCUGAAUCAACUGCAGGAGCUGGACAAGACAUACGUGCAGUUCUGGCCCACCCAGGGCGAAGAUGACUAUGGCCGCUUCCAUGUGCAGCUGAUCUCAGAGGAGCCUGGCGCUGGCUUCACAACCUGGACACUUGUCCUCAGCAACAGGCAGCAGUCUUUUCCUGGCCUGUCAAGGGAUGGAGCCAGCCGCAGUGGGAUCUUCUGUGCUGCUGGUUUCCUGUGUGAGCAGAUCCAAAGCGAGGGCAUGGUGGAUGUGUCCCAGGCUGUGAGGAUGCUGAAGAGGAGGCGGAGACAGUUCAUUAAAAAUGUGGAACAGUAUGGGCUCUGCUAUGAGCUAGCCCUCAGUUAUUUGAAUUCAUUUGAAACCUAUGGGAAUUUCAAGUAGGGGCAUGACCACAGCCUGUCUCUGAAUGGGAUGUUGGCUCCCUGGACAUCCCUUCAUCAGUAACAGUGGAAGCAAGAGGGAAAAAAAGGGAUGUGCAUGGCCCCAAGCUGCUUCACUACGCUGAAAAACCACCCCAAGGGUCCUCCAUGGCUGAGGAACACAGGCUAGACUGUCUCCAAAUUUUGGCCAGGUGUUGUUGAAAUGGGAACCUGACCCUCUGUGCAGUAUUUGUACAGAAACUUAUGUGGAAUCACAGCCUGAGUAUGCAGACCAGAGCAGAUGCACCAGGACUUCACCCAUCCUUCCUUGCCAAGGAUGAAGAGCACAGCUGUCCCAUCCAGGUUCCCUUGUCCCCUCAAGUACCCCAAGGAACGUGGGGUAGCCCCAACACCCACAUUGUGUUUGGUCAGAGAAGUCUCAAACUGCUGUAAGAUCCAUGGGGCUCAGGAGCACAGGAUAUCUGUCCUACUUUGGGAGAAGCAUGAAGCCCAAAGUCAACAAGAUCCAAGAGUGGGACAACCCAUGGUCCUGCAGGGCCAAAGUGCUCCUUCAAACGCCACACAAUCUCUUCCUGGGGCUGCAUCUUCCUGGUGCUGCUGCAGGUGCCACUGCCCUUCCAGCUCCAUAGAGGCUCUCUCAUCAGCCUGUGGCUGCACCAUGGCACUCCCAGGUUACAGUGUCUCAACGUGAAUAUCCUGGAUGUGGUCCAAGCAGCACCACAGAAACAGCUUCUGUCUUUGCUGCACAAAGGCAGGAGACUUCAGAGCCAGGAAUGACCCCAUUGCUUUCUGUCCUGUGUCUCACCAAUAAAGACCAUGGUGGUGGUGACCCCUG